AUGCCUACUCCCGCAGACCAUGUGCUGGGACGUCCGUCCGUCAAGUUCCGGAGAGUCCAGGUCCUCGCCGUUGUCUCCUUCUGGUGCGCCUAUCUGUAUAGGGGAAAUCGCCAUGGCCCGCCCUUUCUCAAACGCCUCUCGUCCCUCGCCUCCUCUCGCCUCACUGCCUGGCAAACCGUCGUCAUAACCUUGCUCUGGCUCUACAUCUCCCGCAACUUCGGCAAGCUGGUCGGCCUCGAGUGCCCCGAGCCUCUCGCAAACCUAUACACGCGUUCGUACUUCAGAGCAACAUGGGUUACCACUGCCCUGGACGCUGGCUUUUGGUCCGCCAUGCCCAUCAAGAGGAAGUGGGCCCGGGACAUCUGCUCCAUCGUCUUCACGCUAUACUAUCUCAUAUGCGCCGAGCAAGCCGACGAAAAAGUCAGAAAGAUCCGGUCGACCCUGACAGUCGACCAUCUGAGAGUGAGCUGGGACAAAGGAACCACUCCAUACCUGAAAUUGAUCACCGGUCUCAUGCGCCCACGCUUGAUGCGCUAUCCUCCCCGCGCCAUCCGCAUAGCCCGCCCGCCCGAAUCCUCAUACAAGGAGCCGGUUCAAGGUUGGUUGUAUUUUGAUGGCCCCAUCUCCGCGUUGAAAGAGCACAACAAGAUCGUCUUGGAUAUCCCAGGUGGCGGCUUUGUGGCCAUGGACCCACGUAACCACGAUGAUAAACUCCUUGGCUGGGCUGGAACCACUGGAUUGCCCGUCCUUGCUCUGGACUAUAAGAAGGCACCCGAAUACCCAUACCCGUAUGCUUUGAAUGAAUGCUAUGACGUCUACCACACAAUCAUGGCGAGUAAGGGGCGUUGCGUCGGCCUUUCUGGAACCAGUCGCCCGGAGAUCAUCGUUUCUGGAGACAGCGCUGGAGGCAAUCUGGCGGUUGGAAUGGUGCUCAUGAUCCUGCAGAGCGGAAGCACAGACACUCGACGCUACAUGGGUGAAGAGGCGAUGCCUCCGCCCGCGGGACUCGUCCUGAUAUACCCAGCACUUGACUUCAACAUCGGUAAUUGGAUGACGGAUGAGCAGAUGGCACUCAUCCGGGACCGAAAGACCCGCAAGACCAACGAGGGACUUCUCAAGAGGAAGAGUGAAGACUACAGGAAGCUCACCCCCUCCACCCCUCACCACUCGGACGAUGAAGACGACGACGAUGUAACGCCACCGGCGGAGAACGGAGACUCCGCAGCAACAAUCACAGAGAAGUCAAUGGCCACUUCGCCGUCCACUUCCGUACGAAUGUCAGCGGCACACACAGGAGUCGAUGCCCAUCACCUCGAAUCCAGGCUAUCAGAAUCAGCACUUCCAAAUUCCCAACCCAAAUCCACGGCCAUCAAAACCCGCCUGGCCAUGUCAUCAAUGAUCUCCUACUUCAACGACCGCAUCCUCACGCCCGAGAUGAUGCGCGCCAUGAUCAUCCUGUACAUCGGCCCGCACAACCGCCCGGACUUCUCCACCGACUACUUCCUCUCGCCGCUCCUCGCGCCCGAGUCGCUCCUGGCCAAGAUGCCCAAGACGUACUUCCUCACGGGCGAGCGCGACCCGCUCGUCGACGACACGGCCAUCUUCGCGGGCCGCAUCCGCCAGGCCAAGGCGGCGGCGUGGCGCGAGCGCCGCGAGCUCGGCCUCGCCGUCGAGAGCAGCAGCCACGACGGCACCGCCUUCGUCGACACGGACCACGUCGAGGUCGUCAUGAUCCCCGGCAUCAGCCACGGCUUCCUGCAGUUCGUCAGCGUCUUCCCCGAGGGCUGGAAGUACAUCUUCAAGUGCGCGCGCUGGAUGCGCGACAUCGCCGAGCGCGUCGACGCCGACGCGCUGGCGGCAGAGGAGGGCGGUCGUCACAACCACCGCCAUCACCACGGCAGGCCCAAACAGCACAGGCGGAGGCACACGCUCGAGAGCAGCGGCGACGAGGACCACCCGCUCGAGAUGACGGUCGUUUCGAGCAACAGGGGCGAUGGCGCCAAGGCCAACGGGCACGGGCACGGGCACGGCGGCGGCGAUGCCGGAUCGGUCAGGAGGGGCGCGGCGGCGAGGCGCAACAGCGGGAGGGAAUCCGAGACGGACUAUUACACUCAUCCGUCUGGCGGCAGGGGCCGGGGCCGGGGCGUCGGAGGCGGCACGAAGUCGAGGAGGAGGAAGAGCCUGGUCAGCCUGGCGAGCGAGGACGACUUGUUGGGGAGGAGGAUGAGGGGCUUGACCGGGUCGUUGAUGCGGGCGCCGGAUGAGGAGUGGGAACCGUCGAGUCCGUGA